GUUUUCAUUGAUGCUGCUGUCGGUUAAUGAUGAUUUGAUGGAUGAACUUGUUACUCAAUUGGACUCUGUCAUGUCAAAAGUGCUAAGACUUUUUAUUUUUAUGGACGUUGCCAUCUUUGAUUAUUACUUUGGCCACUCUAUGGUUACUGUAGGCCUACAGCUCUAUUAUGCUGGUGAAAAAGAUCAACUGGAUCACUUUGCUGCUGUUGCUGUGUCAACAUGCAUGCUUCCUCUUUGCAAAUAAAAUAACAACACUGGCCUGUGAAGGAGAAUCUGCAGAACUCCGCUGUGACUGGGGAUACAUAACGGUCUUUGAAGCCAACUAUGGACGGACUGAUCGCACAGCAUGCUGUACUGGAAGACCACCUAAUGAGAUCUCAAAUCUUCAAUGCUUCCAAGAAACAUCUCUCAGUACUAUGUCUGCUCGGUGUGAUGGAAGAAAAAACUGUUCUGUUCCUGCAACGAACUCCGUUUUCUCUGACCCUUGUGUUGGGACUUAUAAAUACCUGGAUGUGUCUUAUUAUUGUUGCCCAUUGAAAAAAACCAUAACCUGUAAGGACCCCAAAUGUGUCAUUGACUGUGAGAAUAAUGGUAUUAUUGCUGUUCAACAUGCAAGUUCUGUACGGCAGGAUCGUGUCUGCCCUGAUCACUCAGCGGCCACACCAAAAUGUUACUUACCUCAGACCAGUAGCCUGCGUUCCAGGUGUAAUGGAAAGAAGUCUUGUCAUCUAAAAGCUUCGCAUUUAUCCUUCUCUGAUCAUCGUCACAUCAUCUAUAAGUACCUGGACGUGACAUUCUUCUGUGUAUGAGUUUAGCACAUGCUGCAUCCAUUGGUGAGGAAAUGUCAAAACCGCCUGAAAGAGCAGAAGCCGCACAUCCUUUUCUUUAGCAUUUCUAUUUUCUUGAAAUCAUGUUUAUUGUAAAAAUGCACUACACAAAUAAAUUGCAGUUGAAUUGAAA